AUGAUGGAGACAAACAAGACGUGGGUGACCGGGUUCAUUCUCACAGGACUCACAGAUCUUCCAGGGCUGCAGGCCCCCCUGUUCCUGGUGUUCUUGGUCAUCUACCUCACCACCAUGGUGGGCAACCUCGGACUGAUUCUUCUCAUCUGGAAGCAUCCCCAUCUUCACACCCCCAUGUACUUACUCCUUGGCAGUUUGGCCUUUGCAGAUGCUUGUUCCUCAUCCUCUGUGACUCCCAGGAUGCUUGUCAACAUCUUAGACAAAAGUCAAAUGAUAUCCCUCUUUGAGUGCAUGGCCCAAUAUUAUUUUUUUGGUUCCAGUGCCACCACGGAAUGUUUCCUUCUGGUAGUGAUGGCCUAUGACCGCUAUGUAGCCAUAUGCAACCCCUUACUUUAUCCAGUGGUGGUGUCCAACAGGUUCUGUACUUGGUUGAUAAGUUUGUCUUAUGUAAUUGGUUUUCUGCAUCCCACAAUUCAUGUAGGGUUAUUAUUUAGGUUAACCUUUUGCAGGUCCAAUAUAAUACCUCAUUUCUACUGUGAAAUUUUGCUGCUAUAUAUAAUUUCUUGCACUGACCCAUCUAUUAAUGCACUGGUGGUUUUCAUUUUUGCUGCUUUUAUACAAGCUUUUACUUUUAUGACCAUCAUAGUGUCUUAUACCUGUGUCCUCUUUGCCAUCCUGAAAAAGAUGUCCAAAAAGGGCAGGAGUAAAGCCUUCUCCACUUGCAGCGCCCACCUGCUCUCUGUUUCCUUGUUCUAUGGCACUCUCUUCUUCAUGUAUGUGCGUCCUGGGUCUGGCCCGGAUCAAUAUCAGGAUAAAAUGUAUUCACUGUUCUACACGAUUAUCAUCCCUCUGCUCAACCCCUUUAUUUAUAGCCUAAGAAACAAGGAAGUUUUAGGGGCACUGAGAAAAAUUAUAAAGAAAUAA